GAAGGGCUCGGUGGAGCGCGGGCGUGGGAGUUGAAUCACAGCCAGUGACUCAACCCUCUCGCCAGCCCCUGUCUGCCCGCUCGCGGUGGACUUUCCUGGGGGCUGGCGCUUAUAAAACCGACGCAUCCCCGUUUCCUUCACAGAGUUCCCUCGACAAGGCUUUACACUUUUGUCUACCUGAGCACCCCCAGCACCAGCUUUCCGCCCUCUCUACUACCUCCUUUCCAGCACUAGGUGGGAUGGCGGCGGCGGCGGCAGCCUCCGGUAGCCCAGCGCUGCUCCUGUGCGCCCUGCUUUUCCAGCUACGACCCAGCUCAGGCAACUCCAGCAUACAGACAGCAGUUAAUAUUACUUGGUCAUCCAUCAAUUUUAAGACGAUACUAGAAUGGGAGCCCAAGCCAGCCAAUUAUGUUUACACUGUUGAAAUAGCUGGAGGUCUAUCAGAUUGGAAGAAAACAUGUGUUUAUUCUGCACAGACAGAAUGUGAUGUUACUUACCUGCUAGAAAAUGCAAGAGAUAUAUACACUGCCCAUAUACUGUCUGAAGUGCCACUAAGAGACAAUAGUGAUUUCGAUGACGCUCCAUAUGCAGUCUCUCCAACAUUCAUACCAUACGUCCAAACUCUGAUUGGAAGGCCAGCUGUCAAACAUUUUGAACAAAAACAUGAUAUUUUGAAAGUGGUGAUAGAAGAUCCAUUAACACCCUACAGGUUUCAAAAUUCCAGCUUUAAAAGCAUAAGGGAUAUAUUCACAGAUGACCUGGAAUAUACACUAUACUACUGGAAAGACAAAAGUACAGGAAGGAAAGAAACAAAGACAAGAAGCAAUGAGUUUAAAGUCAACGUUGACAAAGGGAAGAAUUACUGCUUCUAUGUACAGGCUACUAUUUUGUCACGAACAGAGAACCGUAAAAGUGAAAAAAGCUUUGACAGAUGUACCAAAAUAGACAAGGACUCAUUGGAUGAUUUUGAACCAGAAGGAAUUAUUGCAAUAGGAGCUGCAGCGGUUGGCAUCUUCAUAUUAUUUAUUAUUUCAUGUGUGGUUGCUUAUAAAUGCAAAAAGUUAAAAGCUGCUGCAAAGGAAAAAGAGAAUGCUCCACUGAAUGCAUAA